UCCUGCUUCAGUGGACACGGCAGCACUGCCGUGACAAUGUCACCGAACGUACCCUUGCUUGUGCAGGUUUAUGCUGGCUACUUGUUCUUCGUCUUCGGCGGGGUGGCAUCGUUCCCUGUUGACGGAUACUGCCUGCAGCCUGACGGAAUCGACGCGGCGCAAUGGCUUCAUGGGUACGACUCGUUCUGCACAUCUUCAUUCGACGUGACUAUGCCUUCUCUUCGACACGUGGACAUGGAAUACGGCGCACCAUCGUUGGGCACGCUGACAUCACGGGACCAUCGCCGGACAGCAAGGCCUGUGCCUAUAAAAGGCGCAUCUGCACACUCCUGCUUCAGUGGACACGGCAGCACUGCCGUGACAAUGUCACCGAACGUACCCUUGCUUGUGCAGGUUGGUGAAAGAAAAUAUGGCUUUCAUAGCGAUUAUCUUUGUUUAAUAGUGCUGCCGUGUCCACGUAGGCUUGUGCAUUGUAUAUGUGACUGUUUUUCAAUGGCAUUCUUGUUACUCAGGCUUUCCGGAGAUAUUGAAUCUAACCCCGGUCCUAUUACUGAAAAAAUGUUCGAAGAAAUGAUUAAUACGCAGAAAGAAAUUCUUGCUAAAAUUUCAGUAAUACAGGAAAACCAGACAUCUUCUGAAGCUCGCAUUCUUGAAAUACAAGCCAGGCUUCUGGCUAUGGAAAAUAAACUACUGAGCGUUGAUGAAAGUCGUAAAAAGCUUACUGACUUAGAGAGCGUUGUUAGUGAUCACGAAACAGCGAUGAGCAGCAUUUCCAGGCAGCUUGAUGGUUUUGAAAACCGAUCUCGUCGCAACAAUCUCAUAGUUAGAGGUAUAAAAGAGGAAGUGCGUGAAACACAGGAAACAUUAUUAAAGAAGGUUAAUAAUGACAUAUUUGAAAAUAAACUCGGACAGAAACUGAAUUCCAUCGAAAGAAUUCAUAGAUUAGAGAAGAAAACAACGGGCAAGGACCGACCUGUAAUUAUGAAGUUAACUGAUUUCAGAGAUAAGAUGAAAAUUUUGCAGAACUGUCACAAGCUCAAAAAUACAAAUAUAAGCAUAUCAGAAGAUUAUUCCAAAAGGGUUACUGAGAUCCGCCAAAAACUUUGGAAAUCAUCAGACGAAGAGAGGCGCAAUGGCAUGAAAGUUAAAUUAAUCUUCGACAAGGUUAAAAUUGGCGAUGUUCUGUAUAGUUGGGAUGAAGUUACUGGCGGAAGAGUAAAGUGUCAUACUCCCACAGAGGCCAGUCAUAUGUGACUCAAAAACUGCCCCAAUGCAUGCUUUAGGAUUAUAAAUGUAAACGCCAGGAGUUUAGUUAAUAAAGUAGCCGACAUUGAAAGUAUAAUCUUGGAGCAUGAACCACAUAUCAUGGUAAUAACUGAAACUUGGCUUCAUCGAGACAUAUCGAAUGCCGAGGUCACGCCUCCCAAUUAUACAUUAAUAAGAAAAGACCGGACAGGAAGAGGUGGGGGAGUGGCAAUUAUGGUUAAAAGUGAUUUAUUGUUUUCUGUACUUGAUGUUCCGAAGGACAUAGAAUCAGUUUGGAUUAAAAUUAUGGUGAACAACCGCACGGUGUAUGUCGGUGGUGUCUACAGAGCUCCAAACUCCUCUGUAGACAU